UCCCAGUCCCACUCUCUCAGGCUGCAGGACAGUUAAUCCGCCAUGGCAACGCUCAUGUUGGUUUGAUACAGCGAAUAAGAGCGAUUGGUCAACAUCUGCUGACCGCGCCCUCAACCCGUGCAAGCUUCCCACCAAACUACCGCCGCCAAGUGUCGGCGGAAUGACGGCUCGGCUCCGGGUGCCGGAGAGGAAGAAGAAGAAAGCCCCCGCGCUUCUGUGACCGUUACACCGCCAAGCCGUGGCCGUCCUCCUCGCGUCUCGUCUCCACUGCAUAAUUAAAGAUACCCGGCUUUCCAGGUAAAGACAAAAGUCGCAUUCAUCUGCCGCAUUCGUCACUUUGCCUCAGUGUAAAGGGAUUGCUUUCGUCGUGGUGGAACCUGGAUUGCUAAAGCCGUCAUCCCCCUGCCUACAUGUGUCGGAUCGCCGACGGAUCUCCAGGAUGGUCGGGAGCUGAAGAUGAGCGUGGAUGUACCAGUCGAUGAUUGGCUGUCUGCCUAGCCAAUCCCGGGAGAUCUGAGGAAGGACAGUGUUGCUGGACAGCGGCCAGAACACCUUGUGGAUGGAGCAGCAGACGGCUGACCGGAGACACAGUGUCGUGUGGAUUGGUGCUCCAGUCGCUCCUCUCUCCAAACCCCAAACCCAAACUGAGGUGCUUCAUACGUUGGAAUGUGUUGCGCUUGUUCACACUGACACUCUGGGUCCGCCUUUCGAAAAACUGCAAAAACAUUCAGGGGAAAAGGGAAGCCCCGAACGGAAAAGCCUUAAUUCGUACAUCUAGCCAACUUGAAUUGCAUUGUAUUCGCCGUUGCCUUUUGUGGUGAGACGGCAGUAAGCAAGAACGGAAAAAGAACAGCAACAAAAAAACUAGUAGAAAGCGAAAGCGGCUGUGUGGGGAGAGAGAGGCUCGCUUCUGAUUCCCAUCACGUAGACGCAACCGAGAGGAAAAUAAUUUGGAGCUGUCAGUCACCUUCAUCACCAUCAUGGGGAGGUGUGAAGGUCGGCCGUCACGCUCGGUGUGUUUCCCGGCGGUGCUGGCGCUGCUGGCCGCCGCGGCGGUGGCCUUAGAGUAUGAGGGAGUCCCCGGCCAGUGGGCGCGCUACAGCCGCUGGGACGCCAAGGCCGAGGGCGACCUCAGCCUCAUCGUCAAGACCAACCUCAGCAAGGCGCUGGUGCUCUACCUGGACGACGGCGGCAACUGCGACUUCCUGGAGCUGCUGGUGGUGGACGGACGGCUGCAGCUGCGCUUCACCAUCCACUGCGUGGAGCCCGCCCGGCUGCACACGGAGACGCGCGUCAACGACCACCGCUGGCACCGCGUGCUGCUCACGCGCAACCACCGGGAGACGCGGCUGGUGGUGGACAACGAGAACAAGCGGGCGGAGGUCAAGGCCAAGCGGGGGGAGAUGGUGGUGGCCAGCGACCUGUUUGUGGGCGGGAUCCCGCCCGACGUGCGCCUGUCGGCGCUGACCUCCAGCACGGUGAAGUACGAGCCGCCGUUCCAGGGGCUGAUCGCCAACCUGAAGGUGGGGGAGGCGGCCCCUCUGCUGCUGGACGGCCAGGGAGUCCACAACGACGUGGACUACCUGUGCGAGCUCCACUCGCCCUGCGGCCACGGAGGGGCGUGCUCGCUUCACCAGGGCCAGGCCGUCUGCGACUGCAGCAACAGCGGCUACAAGGGCAGCUACUGCCAGGAAGUAGCAGUCCAGAAGGAAGUUGAAGGUCUGGCGCAUCUGAAGCUGACCCGCCAAGUUAAUCGCCAAGGCCAGGCUGAGUCGGUGGCCACCUUCAGGGGCAACGAGUUCUUCAGCUACAACCUGUCGCAGACGCCCAUCCAGAGCAGCCUGGACGAGAUCACGCUGUCCUUCCGCACGCGGCAGCGCAACGGGCUGCUGCUGCACACGGGCCGCUCGGCCGACUACGUCAACCUGUCCCUGAGGAACGGGGCCCUGUGGCUGGUGAUCAACCUGGGCUCCGGGGCCUUCGAGGCCCUCGUGGAGCCCGCCGCCGGCAACUUCAACGACAACGGCUGGCACGACGUGCGGGUCACGCGGAACCUGCGCCAGGUCACCAUCCUGGUGGACGGCAUCCUGACCACCACGGGCUACACCCAGGAGGACUACACCAUGCUGGGCUCAGACGACCUCUUCUACAUCGGCGGGAGUCAGAACACGGCCGACCUGCCCGGCUCCCCCGUCAGCAACAACUUCAUGGGCUGCCUCAAAGACGUGGUGUACAAGAACAACGAGUUCCGGCUGGAGCUGUCGCGGCUGGCCGAGCAGCGGCACCCCAAGGUGGGGAUCCACGGGGACCUGGCCUUCCGCUGCGACGACGUGGAGGCCCUGGAGCCCGUGUCCUUCGACGCGCCCGCCGCCUUCCUGACGCUGCCGCGCUGGAACACCAAGAGGACCGGCGCCAUCUCCUUCGACUUCCGCUCCACCGAGCCCAGCGGCCUGCUGCUGUUCGGCCAGGGCAGCCAGAGGGCGUCGGCCCCCGACCGCAAGCCCCGCGCAGACUACUUCUCCAUGGAGCUCCUGGACGGCUUCCUGUACCUGCUGAUGGACAUGGGCUCCGGCAGCAUCAAGAUGAAGGCCAGCGCCCUCCGGCUGACGGACGGCGAGUGGUGCCACGUGGACUUCCAGCGGGAUGGCCGCAAAGGGUUCAUCUCGGUCAACAGCCUCAGCCUCCCCUUCGCGGCCAACGAAGGCAGUGAGAUCCUCGAUCUGGACGGGGACAUGUACCUGGGGGGUCUCCCUGAAGAACGCCUGCAGAGCCAGGGCCCGGGCCAGCCGGGCCAGAGCCAGCAGGGCUUGAUGUCCCUGCCUCCGGAGGUGUGGACGGCCUCCCUCAACCUGGGCUACGUGGGCUGCGUGAGGGACCUUUUCAUCGACGGCCAGAGCCGGGACCUGCGCAAGCUGGCGGAGGUCCAGGGCGCGGCGGGCGUCAGCGGCCUGUGCACCAAGGAGACCCAUGUCCAGUGCGCCAAGGACACCUGCCUCAACGGAGGCCACUGCCGAGAGGGCUGGAACCGGCACAUCUGCGAGUGCAACGGCACAGGGUACCUCGGAGCGAGCUGUGAGACCGAGGCGACGGUGCUGAGCUACGACGGCAGCAUGUACCUGAAGGUGGUGCUCCCGCAGGCGCUGCACACGGAGGCGGAGGACCUGUCCCUGCGCUUCAUGUCCCAGCGGGCCUACGGCCUGCUGGUGGCCACCACCUCCCAGGAGUCGGCCGACACCCUCCGUCUGGAGCUGGACGGGGGCCGGGUGAAGCUCACGGUCAACCUGGAUUGUAUCAGGAUAGACUGUUCCCUCAGUAAAGGUCCUGAGAUGCUGGUGGUGGGACAGAAGCUCAACGACAACGAGUGGCACACGGUGAAGGUGGUCCGCCGGGGGAAGAACCUGCAGCUGUCCGUGGACAACGUCACCGUGGAAGGUCACAUGACCGGCGCCCACACCCGGCUGGAGUUCAACAGCGUGGAGACGGGCAUCAUGACGGAGCGCCGCUUCAUCUCCGUCAUGCCCUCCAACUUCAUCGGCCACCUGCAGUCGCUGGUGUUCAACGGCGCGCCGUACCUGGACCAGUGCAAGAACGGCGACAUCUCCUGCUGCGAGCUCAACGCCCGCUUCGGCAUGCGCCACAUCGUGGCCAACCCCGUCAGCUUCGGCAGCCAGGAGAGCUACAUGGCCUUCUCCACGCUGCAGGCCUACGCCUCCAUGCACCUCUUCUUCCAGUUCAAGACCCCCACGCCCGACGGACUCAUCCUCUACAACUCGGGCGACGGCAGCGACUUCAUCGUGGUGGAGCUGGUGAAAGGCUACGUCCACUACGUGUUCGACCUCGGCAACGGGCCGUCGCUGAUGAAGGGCAACUCGGACAAGCCGCUCAACGACAACCAGUGGCACGACGUGGUGGUGUCGCGCGACGCCGCCAACGUGCACACGCUCAAGAUAGACGCGCACACCGUCACACAGCACUCCAACGGGGCCCGCAACCUGGACCUCAAAGGCGAGCUGUACAUCGGCGGGGUGGGGAAGGGCAUGUACAACAGCUUACCCCGGCUCAUAGCGUCCAGCGAGGGCUACCAGGGCUGCCUGGCCUCCGUCGACCUCAACGGCAGACUGCCUGACCUGCUGGCCGACGCUCUCCACAAGGUGGGGCAGGUGGAGCGCGGCUGUGGAGGGCCGAGCACCACCUGUACGGAGGAGUCGUGCCUCCACCAGGGGGUGUGUCUGCAGCUCUGGGAGGGCUUCUUCUGCGACUGCACCAUGACCACGUACGGUGGGCCCUUCUGCAGCGACCCUGGAACCACGUAUAUCUUUGGUAAAGGAGGCGCCCUCAUCACCUACACCUGGGCUCCCAAUGAGCGACCGAGCACGCGUGCCGACCGCCUGGCCGUGGGCUUCAGCACCCUGCAGAAGGACGCCAUCUUGGUCCGCGUAGAGAGCACCCACGGGCUAGGAGACUUCCUCCAGCUUCAUAUAGACCAGGGGAAGAUCGGCGUCAUCUUCAACGUGGGCACGGACGACAUCACCAUCGACGAGCCCGCGGUCGUCGUUAACGACGGCAAGUACCACGUGGUGCGCUUCACCCGUAGCGGUGGCAACGCCACGCUCCAGGUGGACAACCAGCCCGUCAUCGAGCGCUACCCGCCAGGAAACUUUGAUAAUGAGCGACUGGCUAUUGCUAGGCAAAGAAUCCCAUACCGACUCGGUCGGGUAGUUGACGAGUGGCUACUCGAUAAAGGGCGGCAGCUGACCAUCUUCAACAGCCAGGCGGCCAUCAAGAUCGGGGGCAACGACAAGGGGCGCCCGUUCCAGGGCCAGAUCUCGGGCCUGUACUACAACGGGCUGCAGGUGCUGAAGCUGGCGGCGGAGAGCGACCCCAGCGUGCAGGCGGAGGGGAACCUGCGGCUGGUGGGCGACUCGCUGUCGGCCGUCACCGCCGACGCCACGGCCGCGACGCCGGUGGCCGUGUCCGACAUGUCCACCACCAUCAUGGAGACCACCACCACCAUGGCCACCACCACCACCCGGCGCCAGCGCUCGCCCAGCCUGCGGGAGAGCAUCUCUAAGCCCCAGAACUCAGACGACAUCCUGGUGGCAUCCGCCGAGUGCCCCAGUGACGACGAGGAUCUGGAGGAGUGUGAGCCCGGAACAGGAGGUGAACUAGUGUUGCCCAUAAUAACGGUGGACUCCCUCGAGCCGCCCUCCAUCGCCACCCGCUUCCCCGCCAUCCCCCCUCCCCCCACCCUGCUGUCCCCGCUCGACACCACCAGAGAGUCCCUGAUGGUGCCCCCCCACCCCUCCUCCUGCCCCCCCGACCAGGAGGACUGCGGUGACCCCGUGGAGGUGUCGGCCUUCGGCUCCGGCGAGAUGACCGAGUCGGACGACGAGGACUUCUACGGCAACGCCAACAACUCCCCGCUGGUCACCGACAGGACCGUCCUGCCGCCCCCUCCCGCCGCCGCCGCGGGCGCCGGCGGCGAGGGCGGAGCCGGCAAGAAACCCCGCCCCCACCACCCUCCCCGUGCUCCCACCACCCACCCCGACCAGCCGCAGCACCACAUCCCCGCGGGCAAAAUGAACACCCGAGACCAGGUGCUUCUGCCGCCCGCGCCCCCCUCCUCCAGAAACACCCCCGGACUAACCUACCCCCCCAAUUUUCCCCAUGUGCCCACAGCCGCGCCGACGGGGCCGGACGAAGAGAAGGGCCGGCCCGGGGCGGUGGAGGUGAUCAGGGAGUCCAGCAGCACCACGGGCAUGGUGGUGGGCAUCGUGGCCGCCGCCGCGCUCUGCAUCCUCAUCCUGCUCUACGCCAUGUACAAGUACCGCAACCGGGACGAGGGCUCCUACCAGGCGGAGCAGGGCCACAGCUACGUCAACAGCAGCGGCCUGGAGGGCGCGGGGGGCCCCCGCAAGGACAAGGCGGACGGCACGGCCAUGGGGCCGGUGGCGGCCGGGACGGGGACCAAGGCGACCGCCAAGGGCAAGAAGAACAAGGACAAGGAGUACUACGUGUGAGGGAGAGGACGGAGGGAGGACGAAGAGACGUGGACGGACACUUAAGAGGAUGGAUUGACGUUUUCAUAUCCCCCCCACACACACACACACACACACACACACACACACACAACCCCCAACCCCCAUUACUUCCUGCCCCGUCAGUUUCAGAAAAGGUCACAAAGACGUAGAGAUGGAGGUUGAGGGCAAUGACGCGACGGUUCUGUUACGAGUUACGUUCACAUUGGGACACAACGCGACCCGCUGAACGUUUGUUUAAAAAAAGAAUAGGCCAUGGGACCCACUCUCUGUGCUGACCUCCGCUCUCUCAUUCUGCCAGCGCCGUUCAUCUACUGUCCUUUUGUUUCUCGAUGUAAUUACUGAGUAAGAGUGAGCAUCCAUUUUGGCUUUGUACAUAGCAGGGAUACGGUUAGGUAAGGCACAUGCAGGGGGACAGCUCUACAUGUUGGUUUGUGGGACUUUUCUUUUUUUAUACUUUCCUACGCCCUCUCCGAAGAAAAGAUGUUGUGUGUGGUUUGCGGGGAGUGCAAGCUAGUUACUGGGUGAUAUUUGGUAGAUUAGUGGGGAAGCCGAAUCGAUGCUGACCUAAGCUCCUGAGCCCGUACGUGGAUAUGGUUAUUAUAUGAGGUCGACCCCCGGACUCGUCCUCCACCGCAACACGGUUUGAAUUUAAAAGUCUCCGAUGGUCAUUGGUUUUCAGUUGCCAGCGCCAUAUCAUAUUUAAAGCAUGAUAUAUAUCGGUUUCCUGCUGAAAAUGACAGACUUAAAAAAAAAUAGGUUCUAAAAAGUGUUCCACGUACUCCAAUGAACUGUAUAUCCGGAUGAGUCAUAACCAAAGUCAUCCAUUUUAUUUUUCACCACAUUACAGUCAAAGUUUCCCUCAUUAACCCGGCUUCCCCGUAAUAUCGUCCACCGCCCCCCAGACGCGAGUGGCAGGUCUGCGCCGCAACGUGUGGAUGUACAUACCCGGAGUAGACGGACUAACGUGACAAGUGAGGGCCUUUUUAUAGACAAUACAGGACACUUAAAAAGACUCUUAUGUGUGACUAAAUGUUCUGUCCCUAUACCGUUGUCAGUGUUGAAACUCUGCAGUCCGAAGCACCGCGGGAUCUUUGUGGUGAUGAACAGAAUCCUAAACCGAGAGCUUUCCCCUUUUCUUUUUUCUCCACGUAUUUACGUGACGCAAAUGCGACGUCCUCCACGUAUGCUGGAGAAAUGCGAGGGUCUCUUAACUUUUUUUUUCCUUCUUGAAAAAAAUUGUCCCGGGAUAAAGCUAAAGCACACAUUUAAUGUAAAACAUAUCGUUGAAACAUUGAUAUUCCUUGUAAAGCAGCCAAACAUGUUUUUUGUUUUUUACGAAAAAGAGAAUUGUGUGAGAUGAAUAAUGAAGUUUGUGAAACGUAUUGAUAUUUCUCUAAUAUUUUGGUGUGUAUCUUGUCGCCACCCCUUUCAGCACAUUACUUUUUGAUUGCCUUUUACUGAAAUCCAGAAGAGAAGCACACCACACUCUGAUAGCUGCAGUCACUUUGGUUCCUAUUCUCAUGGCGGAUUCAAGAUGGUGCGGGUGAGACACUCAACAACUGGUUUUUGUUUGUUUACAAGCAGCCAUUUUUUUGUGCCAUUAGCUAAUGUUUCCAAACAGGUCUUAUACUUAAACUCCACUGUCUGACGAUGAAUUAUGUCUUCAGUUUGAUCUGUGACCUAUUCAUUCUGUUCUGUUCUGUUUAGUUUUUUUCAUGAAAGUGCCAUUUAACAUGGGCGUCUCAGUGCUCAGAAGUUAUUUCAUUCCUUAUUCAUUGCUAUUGUAUAGUGUUCCUGUGAAAUGGAUCUUAAUAUGUGUACAGACCAUGGUUCAAAAGGACAAUACACUUGAUUAUAUACUUUGUAAACACUU